UUCCACAACCACCGCGACAGGCUGGCUCCCGAGACGACCGCGCGACUUCGAGUUCUGGUGCUCACUCGUGUCGCACACGUUCACCUGUUGAAACGCGCGCGCAAAGCAGCACGAUGCGUAGUUCCGACGUAGCGUCUACCGUGGUCCGCCACAGCCGUCAUCGCGACCAUCGCAAUCAUCGUCCAGGGCUGCAGAUGCUCGUCGCAUUGCUCUGUCUGAUUUCCGCUGUAUCUAGCGCCUCAGAAUAUUAUGGAAAAUACUUAGGCCCUUUGAAGUCUUAUCACCAUGGUUUAGGUGGAGACGUAUAUGCUGUAGACGCUAGAACCUUGCACAUCAGGAAUUUUGUUUACGACGGUGAAGGACCAGCCGCAUAUUUUUAUGGUUCCAAUGGCAAACAACCCGGCGUCAACGGAUAUAGGAUUCGUGACGAGAAAGCAACAACUAACCCGCUGAAACGGUAUAGAAAUGAACACUUGACAAUCACUCUGCCGGAGGGUUUGACACUGCACGAUAUCAAGUGGUUUUACGUUUGGUGCGAAGACUUCUCGGUUAAUUUUGGAGACGUAAAAAUUCCUUACAAUCUGGAUUACCCAAAACCUCAAAAAAUCGAUAGUUUGUCCGGAAUUCACGGAGUUUCUUCUGAAAACAUAGUCGUAGUUGAUGCACAGACAUUGCUGAUACCAGGAUUUUCCUACGAUGGUGAAGCACCAGAUGCCAAGUUUUGGGUAGGCCCUGGCGACAAACCGACUCCUCAGGGCAUUAGGGUGGCGGAUGAGAAUGGAAAAGAAGUACCUUUGCGUCGGUAUGAUCGUAAGACUAUUGUGCUAACGUUACCGGGUGAUCUUACCAUAUUCGAUAUUGGUCACUUCGGUAUAUGGUGUGAGGCUUUUACAGUAGAUUUUGGCCAUGUAACCGUGCCAUCAGUUCUUAGCGUACCCCCAUCACUGAAAAUGCUUGGAGUGUUGCCACAGUCAAAAUUAAACUGUGAAGUACUCCAUGAACCUUUAGGAUACGAAGUACGUUGGGCAAUAGCAGGUGAUAGCAUUGUAGUUCAACUGGUCGCUAAGUUAGAAAUCAACCAAUACAUGUCUUUUGGUAUAUCUGGUUCACCUACAUCAAAUCGCAUGAUUGGAGGUGACGUAGUUGUAGCUGGAGUAGAUCAAACCACAAUCAGUGGCUUUGCUCAAGAUUAUUAUUUAUUGGAUAAAUCACAGUGCAUUGUACAACAAGAUACUGGACAAGUCAGCGGUAGUUGUCCCGAUUCAAAUAUUCAGGGCCCGGCCGGUGAAAGUGUUCGUUUAUUAAAUGCGGCAAUAGUCAAUGGAUAUUCGAUAGUCACAUACCAGAGGCCAUUAAAGUCAAAAGAUAAUCUUGACUUACCAAUAUUAACCAAUAACAGCCAACCAAUAAUUUGGGCAGUCGGUCCUUUGAAUGAUAAACACGAGGUUUCAUAUCAUCCAAUAUUCUCAAAAGAAACAAUAAAAAUUGAUUUUGGCCGUUUACCAGAAUGGAAUUGCCCUAUACCAGAUACAGAUACUAAAUCAGUUACAGUUCAUAACGAAGUUACAACCGUAAAAAGUUCAUCAGAUUUUACUGCGACCAGUCAAAGUUCAAUAAAAGAGGUAACCCCUACUAAAAAAAUUCGCCCUCGUCCAGUUCCCAAACCUGCUCCGGUAGAAAAGAAUGUUGCAUGGGAUAUCCCAGCCAUUCAAUGUUACGAACCAGACGAUGGUGUUUUCUAUGCUCAAAUGGGUCCUACGGGAGGAAAACACGGAUAUUCUGCUAUUACAGGACACGUUGGAUGGGGAAUUUCAUGGUACAUAAACGGAUUACUCAUACCAGAAAUAAAUGUCGUUAGAGGACAAACAUACACAUUUGUAGUUGAAGGUGGAUUAGAUCCAGAAAUACCAGCGAAAUACCACCCAUUUUAUAUUACUGAUGAUCCUGUUGGCGGUUAUGGUUACAAAACAGCCGAAGAAAGAGAUAACAUACGAAUAUUUGCCGGUGUAAGCGUUAGCAAAUCAGGAGAAGUAAUCCCAACAGGUAUUGGUCGUUUAUGCAAUUGGACUCCAGAUCCACAACAGCCUUCUGCAGAUGAAUUUGUUUCCUUUGGAGCUUAUCAAAGAACUCUAAGCCUGGCAUGUGAUAACGGAGAUCCUGGAAUAGUACAAUGGACUCCAGAUGCGGACACACCAGACACCGUUUAUUACCAAUGUUUUACACAUCGUCACUUAGGUUGGAAAAUUAACGUAUUGGAUGCAUGUGAUAAAGAUCAGCCCAACUCUGAGCAUAGUGCGCCUGUUUCAGAAGAUUUACAGUCUAGGGGUAGCAUUCAAUACACAACUAGAGUGAAACCAGAUAUUGAGAAUAAACAGUAUUUUAGUAAAAAUGAACCUUUGAGGAAUAACAUCGAUUUACAAUCAGAUCACAAAGGGUAUAAUAUGCCAUUAAUUCCCACCGCGUUGGAAGAAAAUCUUAAAACCGAUUUUUAUAAGUCUUCAAAUAAUCGUGAUCAAUUUGUUAAUAAUAACUACAAAUUUCCGCCAACUACAUUACAACAAAAUACUCUUUACACAUAUCCAAACUCAAAUUAUACAUAUGGGAACGUGCCGUUUUAUAUGCCGAAAUUUCAUUACGGCAGUCCACAACCUGUGACAUCUCCUACUUAUAAUUAUAUGUUACCGUCAUAUAAUGUUAACAAUAAUAAUUAUAGACCCAUAAGACAGCCGGUCAUUCCAAAUUUCCAAGUACAACCCAAUAUUCUUCCAGACCAACAUCCGUCACAAAUAGUCUUCACUCCUAAACAGCCAGUUGCUGUUAAACAUGGUUAUAGGGUAUCGGGUAAGAGGUUACCACCAAAUGGACCCAUGCCUAAUGGUGCUCAUCAUUCUGUCGUAUUCAAGAAACCCGUUUACAAGUUUAACACACAAUCACCAUUACCUUUAGUAAGCAACUACAGUCCGGUGCCACCUAUUUCGCAGCCCAUGCUCUCAGUCUAUCCCAAUUAUUUCCAACAGCAACAGCAACCACAACAGCUGCAGCAGCCAAUGUUCUAUCAGCAACAAAAACCAAUGUUUUAUCAGCAACAGCAACCACUAAUCCAACAACCCAGUACUUCGGUGUCGCAGUCUGUUUCGGUGUCGUAUUCCUCAUCCAAACACCCGAAAAUUCAACAAGUAACUGGUCAAUCAUAUAUACCAAUUCAGAGCAGACAAGAAACCGAAGUACAAAAACACCAAUCCCAAGGUGGUUUCAACCCAAAUACCGUGGUAGUUGAGGGUGGUUUUAUACCAAUAUUACCCGGUGGUAGUGGUAUUCUACAAGAAAGGUCUGAUAAAGAUAUCAGUGGCCCUGUAGGCGAUUUUGAUGAAACGGCGACGGUCAGGCAUUACGAAAAGAAAAUGAGCAAAAAAUUAAUAUCCAGAAAACCUAUGGUUAAGCACGAAGACGUCAUGACAAAAGAAGACACCAAGGAACCACAAAAUACGAUUGUCACUACAACCGAAAACGUAAACUACAAAAACAAAGCGAACACCGAAAACACCAUGGAAUUAUAUCAAACUACUGGAAUACUUGUUUUAUAAUAAUAUAUAGUAGAUAAUGAUCUAUUUAUAUAUUUUAUACAUUAAUGCCAUCGUAUUUGCCCUAUCGGCGUUAUACCAUAAACUUACUAUAUUAAAUAAA